AUGGCAGCGCUUCCGGUCCCUCUGCCCUCAGCGAAGAUGGCGGCAGUGGAGAAGCGGCGGCAGGCGGUGGCACAGGCAACCAGUUUCACAGACAGCGGCCGGCCGGGGGUGCCCCGAGCAGCGGCGACGGCCGAGAGUGAAGAGGACUUCCUGCGACAGGUCGGCGUGACGGAGAUGCUACGCGCGGCCCUGCUAAAGGUGCUGGAGGCGCGACCGGAGGAGCCCAUCGCCUUUCUGGCUCACUACUUCGAGAACAUGGGCCUGCGGUCUCCUGCAAACGGCGGCGCCGGGGAGCCUCCGGGCCAGCUCCUGCUGCAGCAGCAGCGCCUGGGCCGCGCACUGUGGCAUCUUCGCCUGGCUCACCACUCCCAGAGGACGGCCUUCAACAACAACGUCGGCGUGGCCUACGAGUGCCUGAGCGCCAGCGGGCGCAAGAAGAAGCCGGGGCUGGACGGGCGCACGUAUAGCGAGCUGCUGAAGCGCAUCUGCCGCGACGGAGAGGCCCCCAAGGAGGUGGUGGCGCCACUGCUGCGCAAGAUCCAGUGCCGGGACCACGAGGCAGUGCCGCUGGCCGUGUUCCGCGCGGGGAUGCUCACCUGCUUCGUGCUGCUGGAGUUCGUGGCGCGCGCCGGCGCCCUCUAUCGGCUGCUGGAGGACCCGGGCCUGGCCGUGGCUGACCGCCGCUUGGGCCAGGCCGUGCUGGACACGCUGGAGGGGGCCCUGCAGGCCAGCGACGACACUGCGCCCGCGCGCUACCUGGAGGCGGGUUCGCGCCUGGGGCCCGACAGCCUGGCGCUGGCUAUGGACCGCGCGCUGGUGGCCAGACGACCCAGUGCCCCCAUGACCCGGGAGGAGUUCCUGGAGAAGGCCGCGGCCCUCUUCAUCGCUAAGGUCAAGCCCGUGGGCUGAGCCCCGCCCUCCUCCACCGCCUCCUCCUCCGCCUGGACAUACAGGGCCCUCAGGGCCUGCUCACUUGCUUCUGGGCGGAGCACUUCCGGGGGCCAGGACUGGGGUAUCCCUGCAUGCCAGCUUCCCACCUGGAAUGGUGCUUCAGCCCCCUUCAGCAGGAGAGGGGGCAAGGGUCCCUCCCCGCACAUUCACCAAGUUUCGCCGCUCCUGAGCAGAAAUAAAGUCUGUUCCCCAGGCUGA